AACUCUGAGGUCUCUUGUCGCCUUCCUCAUUCCACAACACACACAAACACAAAAAGUCGAAAGAGAAAGUCGGGCGGCCGCCGCCGCCGCCGUCGCCAUCUCCGGUUGCGCCUUAAGAUUAGCACGCGGCGGCGCCGUCACGUCGAUUCUUUCUUCUACGGCCAGCAAUCCUCCUCCCUGUAACCAGAUGGGGGCAUGUAAGACGGCGUCUACGUGUUCCCCGGACGAGGCUCAAGGAAUGCAUGCGUUCCAUGUCUUGGGCUACAGCAAGCACAGGGGCAUGGGCAAAGACCCCGAUAGCUUCAUAAGAUCCAGGAUUUUCACUGUCGGCGGCCACGACUGGGCCAUCCGCCUCUACCCUGACGGAUACGGUAAAGCAUGCCCAGAUUACAUCUCAGUUUAUCUCGAGCUUAUGAGUAACAGCACUAAAGUCCGAGCGUCCUGCGACCUGAGGCUAGUCGACCAGUGCACCGGGUCAUCAUCUUCAGUGCAUAAAACGGGACCCAGGAUUUUCAGUUCUAGUGAUACUACUAAGUUUGCCCCACCACAUACUUCUUUCAAAAAGCGAAGCGAGAUCGAGGGAUCAGCAUACCUUAGGGAUGAUCGCCUCACGAUAGAAUGCAUCGUCACUGUUAUGAAAAAGCCACAUGUUGUCGAUACCAAACCAUUCCCCAAGAUCGACAUGCCGCCAUCUGACAUGACUGCGGAUGUUGGCAGGCUGCUGGAAGAAAAGGAGGGAUUUGAUGUCAGUUUCAUUGUUGGGGAAGAGACCAUUGAAGUGCAUAGGUUCGUUCUCGCUAUGCGGUCACCUGUUCUAAAAGCAGAGCUCUACGGGCCGAUGAGGGAGGCGAGGCCGGGGCAGUCCAUAACCAUCAAGGACAUGCAACCUGUCGUUUUCAAGGCCCUGCUUCAUUUCAUCUAUACUGACUCUUUGCCGGGAGACAUGGAUCUUGAGGGAGGUAAGGAUACUGACAUGGUCCGGCUUUUGCUAGUGGCUGCAGAUAGAUAUGCCAUGGAGAGGCUCAAGCUGGUUUGCCAAAGCAUCCUUUGUCACGAUUUGAACGCGGACACCGUGGCAACCACAUUGGCUUUAGCUGACCAACAUAACUGCCACAAGCUUAAGGAUGCUUGCCUUGAAUUUAUGAAAAUGUCAGAUGACAUGGAUGUUGUGGUUGCAACCCAAGGCUUCAAGGAUGUCAAGGCGACUUGCCCAUCUCUCAUUGUGGACGCAUUGGAGAAGAGAAGAAAGUUUCGUAAAGCAUGAACAGCUACAAAGGUAGAAUUGCCAAAUCAUAUAAACUGCUUGUGAGUAUUUGAUAAAUUUCUCGUACACUUGCUGUAGGGAUGGUAAGCUCAAUGUCUGAUGGAUCUAAGAAUAGUUAGGUUAGUUCUCAAGCGAUAUGGAUGAUGUGAAAGUUCUCGUAGAUCAACCCAGAUUUGUAUUAAUUAUGCUGCUGUUUUAUCUGGAGCGCUUCCCUGCAAUCGUCUAACACUUGGUCUUAAUCUUCUGGCAAAAUUUCCUUUCUUGUGUGUGCAACUUUUGUUGCGCAUUUGUCAUCCAUAUGGUCUACAUUAGCGAGCAAUGCUACGAUGACCUCAUCUAUGAGAACAUAACAAGAUUAAAACGGCAUAACUGGGUUAAAUUUCAAUGAUAUAGCAUUGUAAGUUGCACAUUUUGAUUUUCUGAAGCAUGACAGAAUGAUCUUGUGCUAAAUUGUAAGAGUGGUCAAACAGGGCCCUGAUUAGGAUUACAACAUUGAGCUCUUAAAGGAAUAGCUAGCAGCUCUAGGAAGAGCUGGCUUCGCUAGCAGCUCUUAAAGGUAACCGCAGUGAAGAGCAUUUGUAUCUGCCAUUUUCUUUGCUUCUAAUAUCACUGGUCUGAGCCUGCAGUCCAUGUUCUUGUUCCUUCCUUGUUCGGCAUUUAGGCUGUUGACAAGUUUGAGGGUUUCUGUAAAAUUUCUCCCAUGGUAUAUCAGCAAAACAUGAUAAUUAUGUGCAGGCAGCAAAUAGCAUAGAGGCAUCUGUGUGGGAGGGAGACACAAACAGAACCAGUGUGUUGGAAGGGUUAAAUGUUAGCUUGACUAUUGAGAGUUUUGAUGGAAAUGUGAAAACCUAACCCUGACCUCCAUUGUGUUGUGAAAGAAGCAUCACAGCAGCAAAAAGUCGAAGGAGCUCGUUGCUGUGAUGAGGGUCAUUUUGGUUGAUGGGAGGAUCCUAAUAUCCUUAGUUUGUUAACUUCUCAGGUCUUGCCAAUGUAAUCAUUGGCAAGGUAAAUAACUGAGUCUAUAGGUGUUUCUUUACCUUUCAAUCUCUGGUUAUUUCUUGCCUUCCAUAUCUACCAAAGUAGGAAUAACACAAAAUGUGUGCCCUGAGAGAAAGUGAGCCUCUUUAAAAUGAGAUGAAGAGUGUGAUUUGCAGAAGUGCUGUUGGUAUCGGAGUUCCUUGGUUUUAAGCCCCAAAUGAAAUUUGAACCGGAUUGCUUUAGCAUAACGGUUCGAAUUCUGGUUGAAUGCAUUUGUUUUUCGAGGUUGGCAGUACGAGUACAAUAUCAAUUGUUGUUGCUGGUCAAUGCAUGUCUAAGAUUGUGGUCUGGAGCUUGUGUUGGUUUAUCAUCUUGUAGGCACUUUGGGCAAUCCAGUUUGUAAACACAGCGAGAGGUUUUGGGUUUGCACAUCUCAACGAUGGCGUUGUAGUAGCUGUGUAGCCCUGAUUGGUUUGGUCAGUCCACCAGCUAGCUGAUCCUGGGAUGACACAAAUUGGAUGUCCAGCGUCCGUGCUACCGGCUUGUGAACGAAAUGGAAAUCGAUCUCAAUGUGUUUUGUGCGUGCGUGGAAAACACAGAGUUGGUCAAGAUGUAGGUAGCCCAGAUGUUGUCGCACCAUAACAUAGGUGGUCGUGGUCUCCAUUGAUAUAUGCUGUAUGCUCUCCACAGCUGGGGCGAGCAGGGGACUAGAGGGCUGCAUUCUGAAGGCGCA